AUGUCUCCUCUAGCUUCGAGAAUCGUGGAGAUGCCUUCGAGGCUCAUAUCGAACCAUGAAUUCCAAGAAGGAAAGUUUCAAUAUCUGGCAGGCGCCCUUAUGGCCUUAAUGGUAGCCAGUUACAUUUUUCAGGCUCUCUACAACAUAUUCUUACAUCCGUUGGCGCGGAUUCCAGGUCCGUGGGUAGCCAAAGUGUCGGCGAACUAUCUUGUGCCGGCUUCAGCAGGGCUUCACAGAGCCCAGUCGUUGCGAGAGCUCCAUAACCAGUAUGGUCCCGUCGUUCGCGUUGGACCGAACGAAAUUUCGGUCUCUGACUGGAGGGCAUACCGGGAGAUUUAUAGCCACAAGGCAAGCUCCAAAACAGACUUUUUCUAUCGCGACACCAGCCUCACGGGCCACGACAAUAUAUUUACGAUGCUGAACAAAGACGCCCACUCGGGCCGACGCAAGCUCCAGAACCAAUCUUACUCUCAGCAAGCGGUUUUUGACAACGAGGCGCUGAUCGUCGACAAGGCCAAAAUCCUGGUGCGACGAUUGAGCCAGACAGGCAAAGAGCCCAUCCUGGAAAAACCAGUGAAUGCUUUCGCCUUAAAUGGUCUGUUCAGCUUGGAGGUCAUUUUAGCCUGCGCGUUCAAUCGCCAUCAUGGAGAUGUACCGAGCCACGAUGCCGCGACUCUUCUCGAGGCCAUGGACUCCACUGCUGUAGCAAUCCGAACCGCAGCAGCACUACCGUUUCUGAGUAGGGCGGUUGGCAGAAUGCUCCCCGGACCAAUCGGGCGAUCAUUCAAGCAAUGGGACCUUUGGCAAGAUGUGACACAGAACUUACUGAAAGAAUUCCAGCAGCACGAGCUGCCCUUGGACAAGACCCAGAAAUUCAUGGCUACGCCUAUGCUCGUGAACGAGGACCCUUACCUCGGUCGGAGACUCACGCAGCUGGAGUUGGUGGAGGAAUUAAUGGGCAUUACGUUCGCUGGCAGUGGCACAACCUCGUCGACACUAACCUACCUUCUGUACGCCAUGUCUAAGGACAUGGGAAGGCAAGAACGCCUGCGGCAAGAGCUACGGACCGUCGCCGGGACGAGCCUAAAUGAGGUCAAGAACCUCCCAUAUCUGAAUGCUGUCCUUAAAGAGACUUUCCGUCUCUAUCCAACCAUCAUGUCGACGCUUCCGCGGAUCUUGGACCGUCCAGUGAACAUCGGAGACCACGUCUUGCCUCCGGGCACACUAGUCGGCAUGCAAAAUUACGUUCAUCACCGUGACGCCGAGCUCUUCCACCGCCCUGACGAAUUUCUGCCCGAACGGUGGCUAGAGGAGAACGGCAAUGCUUUGCGGAUAAGGGACAUGGAAUCCGCACUCACACCAUUCUCGCUGGGCCCGCGGAAUUGCAUCGGCCAGAAUUUGGCCAAGGCUGAGCUGUAUCUGGCGGUUAGCAACAUCUUCGGGAAGCUCAGGUUGCAGUUAAACGCCGACAUGACUGAGUGGGACGUGGAGGUGGAGGACCCUUUCAAUAUCGCGCCCAAGGGAAGACGGCCGCUACUGGACGUUUGGGUUUUAGAAGAGGAGCGCAGCUACUAG